CCUUCCCUGGAGCUCUGGAGGAUGACACAAAGGGUAAUAAAGGGGGGGGAGUGGAGGAGGAGGAGGAGGCGAAGGAGGAGGAGAGCUGGGGAAGUGGCUGCUCCCGGGUGUAGUGAGAUGUCUCCAGCCAGGGCCAAGCAGCAGCAGCAGUAGCAGCAGCAGCAGCAGCAGCAGCAGCAGCAGCAGAGAAGGGAUUUCAGUUUGUUGAAAUGAGCAGUCGUAAAUCAAAGAGUAACAACUUAAUACAAGCAGAAUACCUUUCACAGGUACAAAGAAUUUUACGUGAAAGAUUUUGUCAUCAGAGUCCACAUAGUAACCUAUUUGGAGUACAAGUACAAUAUAAACACCUAAUUGAGCUGCUAAAAAGAACUGCUAUUCAUGGAGAAAGUAAUUCUGUUCUCAUUAUUGGACCCCGAGGAUCAGGAAAGACCAUGUUAAUAAACCAUGCUUUGAAAGAACUAAUGGAAGUAGAAGAAAUGAGUGAAAAUGUAUUACAAGUUCACUUAAAUGGACUGCUGCAGAUCAAUGAUAAAAUUGCCUUAAAGGAAAUCACAAGGCAGUUAAAUCUGGAAAAUGUAGUUGGAGAUAAAGUUUUUGGAAGCUUUGCCGAAAACCUUUCAUUUCUUCUGGAAGCUUUAAAAAAAGGUGACCGGACUAGUAGUUGCCCAGUGAUCUUCAUAUUAGAUGAAUUUGAUCUUUUUGCUCAUCAUAAAAACCAAACACUCCUCUAUAAUCUUUUUGACAUUUCUCAGUCUGCACAGACUCCGGUAGCAGUUAUUGGUCUUACAUGUAGAUUGGAUAUUUUGGAACUCUUAGAAAAGAGAGUGAAGUCACGAUUUUCCCACCGGCAGAUACACUUAAUGAAUUCAUUUGGUUUUCCACAGUAUCUUAAAAUAUUUAAAGAACAAUUAUCUCUACCUGCAGUAUUUCCAGGCAAGAUUUUCGCUGAGAAGUGGAAUGAAAAUGUUCAGAGUCUCUCAGAAGAUAGGAGUGUGCGAGACGUGCUGCAGAAGCAUUUCAAUGUCAGCAAAAGCCUGCGGUCAUUACACACGCUACUGAUGCUUGCUUUAAAUCGUGUAACACCAUCACACCCAUUUAUGACUGCAGCAGAUCUGAUGGAGGCAAACCAGCUGUGUAGCAUGGACUCUAAAGCAAAUAUUGUACAUGGUCUGUCAGUCUUGGAAAUCUGUCUUAUCAUAGCAAUGAAACAUUUAAAUGACAUCUAUGAAGAGGAGCCCUUUAAUUUUCAAAUGGUUUAUAAUGAGUUUCAGAAGUUUGUUCAAAGGAAGGCCCAUUCUGUUUAUAAUUUUGAGAAACCUGUUGUCAUGAAGGCCUUUGAACACUUACAACAAUUAGAAUUAAUAAGGCCCAUGGAAAGAACAUCAGUAAAUGCACAGAGGGAGUACCAGCUGAUGAAACUACUUUUGGAUAAUACGCAAAUUAUGAAUGCUUUGCAAAAAUACCCUAACUGUCCUACAGAUGUUAGGCAGUGGGCAACAUCCUCCCUAAGCUGGUUAUGAAUAUAACCAUGGCUUCAGUUGUGAAGUUUCAGGCAUACUUCUCUAAAGAAUGUUGUCCUUUAACAAGAUAUGUUAUUACAUUUUCUUAUAUUUAUAAAAAUGUAUUUUUGUGUUUAUGGGAGACUGUUAACACAUGUAGCAUCACGGCUGCGCCUUGCCUUUGAAUCACGGCACAUGAGCAGUUACAUGGUUUAUAAUUCCAGUAAUUUAGAUUAUGUUGUAGGUAGCUGUUCAAAAAAAUAAAUAUGACUAUUUCAGGGAUUGAAUCAUAUGCUUAUUUAACACUUGUGAAGUAUUUAUGUGGUACAUUUGAAGAGUUCACUUCAACCCAGCAGCCAGAUGUUUUUACAAACCUUAAACAAAGCAGUAAAGAAACAAUGGUAAGAGUUGAGGCGUAAUGAGUAAUCUUUUGGUCCUUUGGGAGGUGCUGCAGUUUUUCUGUAUUCAUGGAAAUUUGGGAUUCUGUCCCAGACCCAGGCCUUCUAGUUCAGGAGACUGAUCAGUUUGGCUAGAAGAUGGUUCACAUGGAAGAAGAAAGCAAAAAGUUUGAACGUUUUCUUCCAGGCUUCUUAAAAUAUGGUACUCAUACCAUCUACAGAAGAAUCUUUUGUAGCAUGUCUUAAAAUGCAGAUUCUGGGGCCUGUUCUAGGGACUAGCAUUUGUCUUUCUGACACAGGCAGUUUAGGGGAUCCUGUGAACCCACCCCCACAGAAAAUGGAAAGUGUAUGACGGUGCUAGCUAAACCUGCUUGUAUCAAAAUGUGGAGCCCUAGGAGGGAGGAAUGUGGGAAUGGCAAAGCAUCAGGAAUCCAUGAACUAAUGCUGGUAUAUGUUUAAAGUGAAAUUUAGUAAGCAUUCGUUAAGUGUUAGUGACUUCAUUUAUUCAAAAAUAUUUGAUUGUCUAUUAUUUUCAUGGAAGGUUUACUAAAGACAGACUCCCUA